AUGCUUCCUUUCCCCACCAGGUGGAGGAAGAAGAAGAAGGACGGAGAAGAGCAAUUUCUCCGCUUCGUGGAAAUGGUCGAGAGCACAAACGUCAGCGUCCCGCUGAUGGAUGUCUUGCACAUACCAUCCUAUGCUAAGUUUAUCAAGGAUAUCAUCAACAACAAGCGACCAUUACCCUCCACAGAAGUCGUCAAGCUGACAGAAGAGUGUAGCGCAGCUAUACUCAACCAUCUACCUGAGAAGAAGCAAGAUCCUGGGUGCCCCACAAUUACAUGCUCAAUAGGCACCCAACAUUUUGAUCAUGCCUUAUGUGAUCUUGGGGCGAGUGUGAGCGUCAUGCCGAAAUCAGUCUUUGAUAGGCUAAACUUCACCAACUUGGAACCAACCAACAUGACACUCCAGUUAGCGGACUCGUCAGUUCGGUACCCAGCAGGGAUUGCCCAAGACAUCCCUGUCAAGAUCAGAGGAUAUUACGUCCCCGUGGAUUUUGUGGUGUUAAAUAUGGAACUCACCAAGGAGACUCCACUAAUCCUGGGAAGGCCAUUCUUGAGCACGGCAAAAGCACAAAUUGAUGUGGGAGCGGGAGAAAUCCGCUUCAACAUUAAUGGCCAAGAAGAGAAGCCCGUCAAGCACCCGACCUUCAGCCGGCGUCGAGUUGGCUUCGCCUCGUCCCGCGUCUACUCCACCGCCACCAACUCAUGA